AUGGCGCUUCGCGCCGUGGAGCUCCGGCGAAUCCUCCUCCCGCUUAUCGGCGGCGGCGAGGCGGCUCUUCCUCCUCUCACGUGGCGCAGCCGGCCAGCGAGCACCUCCGCCCCGGCGGACGACGAGCUCGCGGGGAAGAGCGCCUACGAGGUUCUCGGGGUUGGGGAGACCAGUUCCAGCGCCGAGAUCAAGGCCUCCUUCCAUCGCCUAGCCAAAGAGACGCACCCAGACGUCGCCGCGGCUGCUGGUUCCCGACGGUUCCUUCAGAUCCUCGCCGCCUACGAGAUUUUGUCAGAUUCACAGAGAAGGGCUCAUUAUGAUAGCUACCUGCGAUCGCAGAGGCGAAUUGUGCAGAAACAUCCCAGGCCAUCUCAGUUCGUGUACCCAAGUGGUUCAGGCUCAGGCAUUGUGGUACCUCGAGAGAGCAAUGUCGUUGAAUGGCUGAAAUGGUACAGGCUUACCAUUGAUGACAUAGUUACCAAGAAGAGGGUUGCCACUGGCUCUGGUUAUUUUGAUAGGCUCGAAAGCGAACUGUACACAGCAAUCCAUGCUGCAUACUAUGGCCCUGAUGUCGACUCCAUGGAUGUCCUUCCUGAUUGCUUUGAAGCUGAGGAGAGAUCUUCUGAAUUUACUCCAAAUGUUUCAAGAAAUGUGAAUAAGGAUUCAAUAUCUAUGAAUCCUGUUGAUAUGAACAAGCAAGAGAUGUGGCAUGAAAAUGAUAUUCCUUCAUCAGAUGCCUUCAAGGAUAUUGAGUUGCGGAUAUUUGGGAAAUUAGUUUACUCUGCGACUAGGAGCCCCAAAUGCGAUUGCAUUGACAAAUCGGAUGUGGAAGAUCACAUUCAUGUGUAUCUUGUUCCAAACGCAGAUCUAUCUGAUUUAACACAAGGGAAUCUUCUCCUAGGCACAAUUACUGGGUUAGCCACCACUGGUGAGGAAGGAUCUUGCUGUGUCUAUGAUGGUCACGGCAUAAAGACACAUGUCAUAAUGAAGCACCGGACAUUGAUGGUUAAACACAUGCACUGGUAUCAGGUUGGAGAUAAAGUUUCACCCUGUGAGUGUCGAUGUAGUAGGGCUCGGUUGCCACCUAGCAGGUAUUGGCUUUUUGAGCCUCGUUGUUACAUGCAUGAUACUGGUGGAUGGUAUAUCGAAACAUUUGGGAGAGACAAGAAAGGGAGGACAAUUCCAUCUCAAAGACAGUGGGAUGGUUUCAAUGAACAUUCUGAAAAGAGAUUGCAUCCAGCAAUGUAUCUUGCUGCUCUGGCUUACAGAUCUUUGGAUCUUGAAGAUGCUGGAAGAAGACAAUGGAAUGUGACUAGUUUCCUGCAAUUGCCCUUAUCUCAUAUUCGUCAGAUGUUCAAAAAAAUCGUUAAUGGGGAGAAGGGGUUGACAUGA